AUGGAAGGCCUGUCGCCCCUUGGCGUGGUGAUGGGGAUGGCGGGGGCGCGCAUGCCGUUGUCGGAGGAGGUAUCGGUAACCAUGGCCUUUCAAAGGAUGAUGAUCUCGAGCUCAUACAAACACCUCCGUGCUGUUGUCUGCGUUUCUAUCCUCCUCCAAUCCAUAUUCUUGCUCACCUUUGUGGACCAGUGGACACCGCGCCGCAUCGUUCUUCUUGACGUUGGAUUGGGGCUUGGCGGGCUGUUGCGGAUAGUUCUUCACCACCUGGAGAGGAGGAAAGGGGAAAUGAAGGAGCAGCCGAACGCUGCGCCCAGAAGCAACAAGGAAACGGAGGAAACGAACAUUGAGAGAGCUCUGAUAAUGUGGAGUUGGUCUUCCGUCUUGUACAUCUCACCAGCCAUUUACGCGAUGCUCCGGCAAGGAGGAGGGAGGACGCAGGUUGAGAUGAUAGUGACAUCCCUGGGGCUGAACCUUGUCUGGGUCUCGAUGGUCGUCCAGAUUUUGUUGCCAGCGUCAGUUUCUCCGCGACACCAGAGGAUGGUGCAGUGGACGCAUUACUUCGGCGGAUAUCUUGGAGCAUACGGCCAUUAUUACAAAGCGCAUGAUUGGAUCUUAGCAUGGGGGCCGCUGCUGGUCGGAAUGCUCUUGUUCUCUGACCGCAGCCCUCUCGUCAAAGUCUGCUACGGUGAUGGGGCCGAAGGGAGCAGGAAGUGGGAUGGACGCAGAUGGAGAGAGUUUGCCGUUGAGAUAGGAUACGCUCUGUUGCCCCAUGAGCAACAGAAAGCUCUACCGUUGCGACGGGACAAUCCGUCAACAGUUCGCCCAUUGCCCUCUGCUUUCUUACAGUGA